CGUCAGAUGUGUGUGCAAAAGUUGUCCGAGUGGUGUGUUUUGCGAUAAAGAAUUGCAAAAACCAGCUGUAUAAUUGCAUCAAAACCAAACAAAAAGUGGUGUAAAAGUUCAAUAAAGCUUUCCCGCAGUUAAUGCGGGUACAAUUUCCGCCGGAAAAACGGAAUCCAGUGCGAAAAGUGCAUUUUUCGCCGCUUCCUGUAGCGCCGGCAAAUCCCGUAAGCGGCGCGACCGUCGUUUUUGUGCUCCAUCGAUUUUCUCCUCUUCGUCGAUUGUUUUCAUCCCCACUCAAUCGGCACUUCCAUCACCACCCCCCGGGGUGGCCCACAGGCUACGGUGUUUUGCUCGAUCAAGCCGGUCUUUGACCGCUGGUUUGUUUACAAAACAAACGUGCGUAAAACGCCAUGUCGAACGUGGUGCAGCAAUUUGUGAAUGGGUUGAAAAGCCGCAACAAAGAUGCCCAGAAUAAGGCCGCACAGGAGCUGUCGCUUUACGUUAAGACGGAGCUCCGCGAAAUGCAACAGGAUGAUCUGCUGGCGUUCUUCGAGGAUUUUAACCAUCACAUUUUCGAGAUGCUGUCCAGUCCCGAUACAAAUGACAAAAAGGGUGGCGUGUUGGCUAUAAAUUGUCUCAUCAGCGGAGACGUGGUCAACACAACGACCCGCAUCUCGCGCUACUCGAACAACCUCCGCAAUCUGCUACCGUCGAGCGAUAUUUGUGUGAUGGAAUUGGUGGCCAAGGUGCUGGUAAAGUUAGCCCUUCUACCGGGUUCCAAAGGUGCUGAGUCGUUCGAGUUUGACAUCAAACGUGCCUUCGAAUGGUUAACCGAGGAACGAACCGAGGGUAAACGUCAUGCCGCGGUGCUCGUACUGCGCGAGUUGGCCGUGGCAAUGCCGACGUUUUUCUACCAGCAGGUGGGCAGCUUUUUCGAGCACAUUUUCGUACCGAUCAAGGAUCCAAAACCGAUGAUCCGAGAGGGCGCUGGUCAGGCACUUAGGGCAGUGCUGAUUGUGACGUCGCAGCGCGAAGGCACGAAACAGAAUAACAACCCGCAAUGGUACCAUCACUGCUUUGAGAGCGCUAAGGAGUGUUUUAACGAGCUACCGACGCGCGAGAAAAGCUUUAACCGGGAUGAUCGCAUCCACGGAGCGCUGAUCGUUUUCAAUGAGAUUCUGCGAAGCUCAAAUUCCGCCUGGGAGAAAAAGUACAACCAACUGGAGAGUUUAAACGUGGACCGUCGAACGCGUCACGUUGAUGAUAGUCACGGCAUCUUUCCUCGGAUUCGGGUUCCGUUUAUGGACAAACUCAGCGGUAGCAGUUCCAGUAGCGCCGGCUAUUCUUCACUUAGUAGUGAUGUGAAAUUCUUCCGGCAGAACAGUUCCAUUCAGGAGUCGGCCACCUGUCGGAAUUUGGUUAAUGAAAAUUACGACUUAAUUUGCCAGAAGGUCUUAGAGCAACGCAAUUCCAAGAGUCCCUACGUGAUUCAAUCGAUGCUGACGAUUCUGCCACGGUUGGCUGCCUUUAACAGGCGCGACUUUGUCAACAACCAUCUAAAGACGGUUGUUAACUAUUUGAUUACCACGCUGAAGAGUAAAGAGAAGGAACGCAACUUUGCGUUCAUCACCCUGGGUUACAUUGCGGUCGCCGUUGAGAAAGAAAUCGAGCGGCACAUCAAACGUAUCAUGGAAGUCGUGACGGCGGCUCUGCCCCCGAAAGACACUCCCAGCAAAAAGAAACCCUGUGUCGAUCCGUUUGUGUUCAUGUGCAUCACGCUGUUGGGACACGCGCUGAAGAGUGCGAUAACGUCGGAUAUUAAAAAUAUCCUUGCCUCGAUGCUGUCUACUGGAUUGAGCACCGGGCUGACGGUUUGUCUGCACGAGCUGUGCGAAAAUGUUCCCCAGGUCAAGCAGGACAUCACUAGCGGGUUGUUGAAGAUUUUGUCCUGUGUGCUGAUGAAUAAACCUUUGCCCCAGUGGCUGCCGGGACGGGGACAAGCAGCCAUCAACACCAACGUGUACGAGCAGCAGGUUCAGGACACUCCGACCACGGUUCUGGCGCUCCGUACGCUUGGAACGUUUAACUUCGAGGGACACAGUUUGCUGCCGUUCGUGCAACGUUGCGCGGAUCAUUUUCUCGUCAGCGAGCAGCAGGAGAUUCGUAUCGAAGCCGUACAGACGUGCACACUUCUGCUGAAACUGGCCCUGCAAUCGGUGGAUUCAGUUGACGUUUCAGAAACGCUGACCCAAACCGUCGGCAACGUGCUGGAAAAGAUACUGAUUGUCGGAAUUACCGAUGUUGAUCCGAAUGUACGACUGAGGGUGCUGAAAUCAUUGGACGAUAGUUUCGACUCGCAGCUCGCUCAGCCGUGGUUCCUAAGUUCGCUGCUGAUCACUAUGAACGACGAGGUUUUCGAGAUACGGGAGCUAGCGAUUAUAAUUAUUGGCCGACUAUCGGCAAUCAAUCCGGCCUAUGUGAUGCCGCGAUUACGCAAGACAAUGGUACAGAUUCUGACGGAGCUGGAGCACUCCGGGAUGAGUAGAAAUAAGGAACAAAGUGCCCGGAUGUUGGAUCAUUUGAUCGUAAGCACGCCGCGGUUGAUUUCCUCGUACAUGAGACCAAUUUUGACGAUUCUGGUGCCGAAACUGAAAGAGCCGGAGUCGAAUCCGGGGGUUGUGUUGAACGUUUUGAGAGCGAUUGGUGACUUGGCCGAAGUGAAUGGGGGUCAUCAGGUGCUUGAGAAAUGGUCCGAUGAGCUGCUCGCUACUUUACUGGAGAUGUUGAGCGACGCUGGAUCAACAGAUAAGCGAGCUGUGGCGUUGUGGACGCUUGGGCAGUUGGUUAGUGCUACCGGACAGGCAGUUUCCCCUUACCACAAGUAUCCAAAUUUGAUUGAUAUUUUGAUCAACUUUUUAAAAACCGAACAACAGUCCUACGUUCGAAGGGAGACGAUUCGCGUUUUGGGAUUGCUCGGUGCUCUGGAUCCGUACAAGCAUAAGAUGAAUCGUGGUUUGAUUGAUAGUCAAACGAACAAUAUUUUGAUAUCGAUUUCGGAUGCUAAAAUGGACGAGUAUACCGAUCUCUCAACGUCGGAAAUGUUGAUCAACAUGGGCAAUCAGCUGGAAGAGUACUAUCCUGCGGUAGCGAUUUCCACUCUGAUGAAAAUUCUUCGCGAUCCGACACUUUCGCACCACCACAUCAGCGUCGUUCAGGCGAUCACUUUCAUCUUCAAAAGCCUGGGCAUCAAAUGCGUUCCCUACCUGUCGCAGGUGCUACCCAGCUUAUUGGGUAACAUACGGAACGCCGAAAUGAACCUGAAAGAGUUCCUCUUCCAGCAACUGUCAGUACUGAUCGAGAUCGUGAAGCAGCACAUCAUCAGCUUCAUGGAUGAAAUCUUCCAGCUCAUCCGUAGUUUCUGGAAUAGUAAUUAUCCCUUGCAGUCGACGCUGAUCAUUUUGGUGGAGAAAAUCGCAAUCGCUCUGGGCUGUGAGUUCAAAAUCUACCUUCCCCAGCUGAUGCCGCAGAUUCUGCGUGUGCUGCUGCAUGAUAACUCCACCAAUCGAACGGUCACCGUUAAGUUGUUAUCUGCUUUGCAAAAGUUCGGCAACAACCUGGACUAUUAUCUCCAUCUAAUAAUCCCGGCAAUCGUGAAACUGUUCGAACCGAUCGAUGUUCCGUUCGCGGUCUCGCUAGCAGCACUGGAAACCAUAAACUAUCUAGCGGAAAUCUUAGAUUUUACCGAUUUCUCCUCGCGCAUAAUUCACCCCUUGGUGCGUGUCUUGGAUAACCAUCCGGGCCACCUACAAACAGCCGCACUGCAAACUCUGUGUUCGAUCAUGAUACAACUGGGCAAAAAAUACCUUGUAUUCGUGCCGCUCGUCAAUCGCGUUAUGAUUAAACAUAAAAUUUCCUACACCGAAUACAACAAGCUGCUGACGAAGCUGCAAAGCAGCACAACCUUAGCGCUGGACGAUGAGUUCCGUCUACGGCAGGCCCGAUUCAAAAAUCGGGAAAUGUCUCUGGCCAGCGACACCACAAUCCGCAAGCUGAACGUCUCCACCGCUGAUCUGCAACUAGCGUUCAAAGCCAACCGACGCGUAUCGAAGGACGAUUGGCUGGAGUGGCUCCGAAGGCUGAGCAUUGGUUUGCUGAAGGAAUCCAAGAGUCCAGCUUUGCGCUCCUGUCGGACGCUGGCUCAAAACUACCCCCAGCUGUUGAAGGAUUUAUUUAAUGCAGCCUUCGUUAGCUGCUGGACCGAUCUACCGGAGAAUUUGAAGGAGGAACUAUCUUCUAGCUUGCAGCAGGCACUGAUGGUGCCAGAUUUGCCGGAAAUUACGCAGACUAUUUUGAAUUUAGCCGAGUUCAUGGAACACUGCGAGAACGAUUCACUUCGUAUCGAUCCGAAGUUGCUCGGUGAACGGGCGAUGGAAUGCCGAGCCUAUGCUAAAGCCCUGCACUAUAAAGAGGAGGAGUUCCACAACAUGAAGGAAAAGGAUCAAAGCGUUUUCGAGUCGUUGAUAUUGAUCAACAAUAAAUUGCAGCAAAAGGAAGCCGCCGAAGGGCUACUGGAGUAUGCGAUGGAGCAUCGAAGUGCCUCGGAGGAAAUGAAGGUGCAGGUUCGGUGGUAUGAGAAAUUGCACAGUUGGGAGAAGGCACUGGUUCUGUAUGAGGACAAGCUGGCGGGAAAUCCGAACGAUCUGGAAUCACGGCUAGGUCAGAUGCGUUGCCUAGAAGCACUGGGAGAGUGGUCCACUUUAAAUACACUGACCAAGGAGAAGUGGGAAUCGCUGGGAACCGAAGGGCAAACUAAAGCUGGCAGGUUAGCGGCGGCAGCUGCUUGGGGUUUGAAGGAUUGGGAAGGUAUGAAGGAGUUUGUUAAGUUUAUUCCAGAAGAAACGCAGGAUGGGUCGUUCUACCGGGCGGUUUUAGCCAUUCACCAUAGAGAGUACGAUGUGGCGCAGACGUUGAUUGAUGAUACCCGCGAUCUGUUGGAUACGGAAUUGACCGCCAUGGCGGGUGAAUCGUACGAACGUGCGUACGGAGCGAUGGUGUGCGUUCAAAUGCUGGCGGAGCUGGAGGAAGUUAUUCAAUAUAAGUUGAUCCCCGAGCGACAGGAAACAAUCAAAGCCAUGUGGUGGGAUCGGCUGCUUGGUGGUCAACGAUUGGUCGAGGAUUGGCAGCGCAUUUUGCAGGUGCACUCACUUGUCGUUCAUCCAGCGAACGACGUGCGCACGUGGCUUAAGUUUGCUUCGCUCUGCCGGAAGAGCGGUUCACUAAAGCUUUCAGAGAAAACGUUGGUUAUGCUACUGCGGUACGAUCCGGCCGAGUAUCCGGAUCAUCCGUUAGAGUUUAUGGAGCCGGAUAUAAGUUUUGCCUAUACAAAGCAUAUUUGGAUGGCCGGUGAAAGACAGCGGGCUUACGAUCAGCUGAAUCGACUCGUGGCGGACAUCAGCACGGAGGGAACUGUCGAGCUAGAGGAAAAGGUUGAGAAUCGACGCUUGCUUGCGCGAUGCUACAUGAAGCUGGGACAGUGGCAAAACCAGCUGCAGGGUCUUAACGAACAAUCCAUCAAGGGGAUACUGGCAUGCUACGAAAAGGCAACCAGGCACGAUUCGAACUGGUACAAAGCGUGGCAUUUGUGGGCGUACAUGAACUUUGAGGUUGUUCAGAAUCAAAAACAGCAGGAAGACCUACAGAAAAAUCCUGGGGGAGAUAAGGAGAAGUGUAUGAUUCGUCAGUAUGCCGUUCCGGCAGUGGAAGGCUUUUUCCGCUCGAUUAACCUGUCGCACGGUAAUUCCUUGCAGGAUACUUUACGGUUACUAACGCUUUGGUUCGACUACGGUCAGUAUCCAAAGGUGUUCGACGCUCUACUGGAGGGAAUGCGUAUGAUUGAGAUUAACACCUGGCUGCAGGUCAUUCCACAGUUGAUCGCUCGGAUCGAUACCCCACGCAAUCUGGUUGGUGAAUUAAUUCACCAACUGUUGAAUGAUAUCGGUAAAUGCCAUCCGCAGGCUCUGGUAUACCCACUAACCGUUGCUUCUAAUUCGGCCUCGAAGGCCCGCCGACAGGCAGCUCAUAAAAUUCUCAACUCCAUGGGCGAACAUUCGUCGACUCUCGUCAAGCAAGCGAUCAUGUGCAGCGAGGAGUUGAUACGGGUCGCCAUUCUAUGGCACGAACAGUGGCACGAGGGACUGGAGGAAGCCUCGCGACUAUACUUCGGCGAGCGGAAUAUUAAAGGUAUGUUCGAAACACUGGAACCGUUGCACGAAAUGCUUCAACGUGGACCACAAACCUUGAAGGAAACUUCCUUCAACCAGGCUUAUGGAAGGGAUUUAAACGAAGCGCAAGAAUGGUGUAAACACUAUAAGAACUCCGGCAACAUUCGUGACCUAAACCAGGCCUGGGAUCUGUACUACCACGUAUUCCGGCGAAUCUCUCGCCAGCUGCCGCAGCUUACCUUCCUAGAGCUGCAGUACGUCAGUCCAAAGCUGCUGGCCUGUCGCGAUCUAGAGCUGGCCGUUCCAGGAAGCUACGCACCUGGUCAAGAGUUGAUCCGAAUCGCCAGCCUGCAGUCCAACAUGCAGGUUAUCACCUCCAAGCAGCGACCGCGAAAACUCUGCAUCCGUGGCUCCAACGGCAAAGAAUACAUGUUCCUAUUGAAGGGUCAUGAAGAUUUGCGCCAAGAUGAGCGCGUUAUGCAGCUAUUCGGUCUGGUCAACACCCUGCUACUGAACGAUCCGGACACGUUCCGGAGAAAUUUGACCAUCCAGCGGUACGCUGUUAUCCCUCUAAGCACCAACUCCGGGCUGAUCGGUUGGGUCCCACACUGUGACACGCUCCACACCCUGAUCAGAGACUAUCGUGACAAGAAAAAAACGAUGCUCAACAUCGAGCAUAGGAUAAUGCUAAGGAUGGCACCAGACUACGACCAUCUGACGCUGAUGCAGAAGGUCGAAGUGUUCGAGUACGCGUUGGAUCUCACCAAGGGUGACGAUCUCGCGAAACUACUCUGGCUGAAAAGUCCCUCAUCGGAGGUGUGGUUCGACAGAAGAACCAACUAUACGCGUUCGCUGGCGGUGAUGUCGAUGGUUGGUUACAUCCUCGGACUGGGCGAUCGCCAUCCCUCGAACCUGAUGUUGGACCGGCUGAGUGGAAAAAUUCUACACAUUGAUUUCGGAGAUUGCUUCGAGGUGGCAAUGACGCGCGAAAAAUUCCCGGAAAAAAUCCCCUUCCGGCUGACCCGCAUGCUGAUCAACGCAAUGGAAGUGACCGGUAUCGAGGGCACCUACCGGCGUACCUGCGAAAGUGUGAUGAACGUGCUACGGCGCAACAAGGACAGUCUGAUGGCCGUGCUGGAAGCGUUCGUGUAUGAUCCAUUACUAAAUUGGCGCUUGCUGGAUGCGGACAAAAAUCGCCGUUCGAAGAAUGCCACCGAUGUGGACAGUACGACCGAAAGUAUGGAGGAAACUUUGGACUUGCUGGCGGCUAAUGCCCGUAAUUUGCGGGUUAACGAACCGAACGCUAACGCCGGUGGGGAUCAGGUGACCGACCAGGGCAGUAACUGUGUGGCUAAUCCGGCUGAAGCUACAAAUAACAAGGCUCGGGCUAUCGUCGAUCGGGUCAAGCAGAAGCUUACCGGCAAAGACUUUAACAAUGUGGAACCAGUGUCGGUGCAGAGGCAAAUCGAUCUACUGAUCCGCCAGGCUACCAAUAACGAGAACCUCUGCCAGUGCUAUAUCGGAUGGUGUCCGUUCUGGUAGAGAGCGCAACUCUACUUUUUGAAUGCCUUUUGGUGUGUUGCUUUGCUUUCUUUACAUAUUCUUGGGAUGUACAUUUCCAAUGGUAUUGAAAGGAGAGGUAGAGGUGCAACACCUCAGUUUAUCCUAAAGUAAGGUGGUGUACGUUAUAAAGAGUAUGAAUACAAUAAACUAGUAAUAACGCGUUAGAUUACCUGUCACUUACGGACAGGAAUAGUUAAAACUUUAUGUAGUAAUUGGGUUGUUUAGCUAUAUACAAAUUUCAGAUUUAAAACUAGUAUAACUAAUCAACCCAAUUUUGUCACCGUGAAAUUCAAGCUACAAGCUUAGAUUCACACAUUGCAAACUUGACUAAUAUCCUUACACUGUAAUAAAUGUCGUAUAAUAUAAGCAGUUAAGCACGCUAAA